AGAGAGAGAGAGGGCAAGUAAAUGCAGGCUGCAGUGAGAGUGUCGCCAGUGCGGAGGUGACAGCGGAGAAUGGAGACGAGGCCGUCUGCCCGGCAAGCUGUGACUGCGGCGAGCGAGGACAACCUAACCCGUCUCAUUCCCUCUGGGACCAGUGUGCCGAAAAGAACCCAGAGGAGUUGAAUUUUUUUCAAAAGGGGCCGAAAGGACAGGAAUGGCUGAUCCUCUACGGAGGACUUUACUAGCGAAACUCCGGGGGAAGAAAUCCAAGAAAGGAGAGGCACUCGUCGCAGAAUCGGGCUUCGCUGCUGCUGCCGUGGCGGCGAAUGUUGGCCGAGAAGGUAAAGAAAAAGUUGUGGAAAUGGAACGAGACUCGGAAGUGUCGCAAUCAGGGCUGGAAUACUCGGCAGAGAGAAUAAGUACGUACGAGAAUUGUGCUGACGGGCCAGUGGUGCACGCCGAAGGUCGGGACUCGCUCCGGCGGGCUCGACCGGCCGAGUUAGCCGGCUCAUGUGCUCCGGAGCUCGGCAGCGGGGGUAGGCUUCGGGUAAAUGGGCCGCUCCUGGGGGGCUUACUUAAAAGAGAGAUGCCGUUUGAGGCACGGAAGGCUGUUACGAGCCACUGGGAGCCUGCCACUAAUGACAGAAUUACCAUUUCUGGUUCAGGUGGGUUGUCGUUUGGAGAACCCCAGAAAAAACACUUCGUUUCAAUCCCUUGGCAGUGCAGCGUCGGGGAUUCAAUUGGGUUUGGGGACAGUUCAAGCCAUAUUUGUUCCUAUAAACAAACAGGGUUAAAUAGGGAGCACCAACAUGUGCCAAGAACUGUAGUUACUGUAAAUAUACACAAUACAAAGAAAACUUUUGACAACCAGCUAAGUUUGGACACACCGGUGAUCUGUGGUGACACAGAAGAUAACCUGUUCCGAACAAUUGAGAGCUUUGACCCGGCAUACUCCGAGGACUUUAAGGGCCCUUUGCAGAGCCCUGCCUUCUUCCCUACUGAGCUAGAAAUCUGUGAUAUUAACAUGGCAUCCAUGUGCACCACAAAAGGAUCACUCAGGCGUCCAUUAGACAGUGAGGAUGAUGAUUAUUAUGAUAAUGGGAUACUGCCUUUUUAUGAAGCUAUCAGAGCAAAAAGUGACGGAGAUGCUGUGCCGCUGCCCAUCAUAGGUCAGGAUGAAGGACAGGCUGAUGAGAGUCACAGUGCCCAGGAAACAGACAGGCUUAGGAACCAGCUGAAAGAGGCUUAUUAUCUCCUGAUUAAUGCUAUGAAUGAUAUAAAUCUAGAUGCCCAACAGGUUAGUAGUUUAACUGAGCAGCAAGCCGCCUCCUCCUGUAGUAGCCACUCUCGGGAUAGCUUGUGCUCUAGGUUGUCUGCCAAAAUUAUGGACAGCGACUCUUGGUCCUCUGGGGGUGACCCCAGCCCUCAGCAGGUGUCUGACACUGACUCCCUCUUCCUGUGUCUAAGUGGCAACCUUGAAACAGACCUUCAAAGUAAACGCAAUAGUAAGAGCAUGCUGGACCUAUCUGUUGUUAAAAUAAAACCCCCUUUAGUGCGCUCUGCUAGUGACGGAGUCAUCAGGUAUCCAGGUGAACCUUUGCAGUGCACAAAUUCUCCUAAAACCAAUCCAGUCAUCCGUGAUGAUGAAUUGAUUCCAGAGUCGAAAUCAAAUAAAGACAGUCCAAAUUUUGAAAUAGUGGGUGACCCCUCAAACCGUCAGAUAAUCUGCAAUGCCAUCAGCAAUGAGGAGUGUUUUCAAGAAGCUGAUGGUGAGCAUUUUGAUGAAAGCAGCGGUUCAGUCAAUAGCCUCACAGGUUCUUCCGACAGCAACACAGAGGCAUCAGCAAUUCCAGAUCACGACGACAAGCAGCAGUUGACUGCCCUAGCGCGGGGAACCAACUCUGUCAACAAAGGCCAAGGUGUCACUGUAAACAAAAUGCAAGAGUGGAUGCACAAAGGUCGCCUUUUGUCGUCCGAAAUGAAGCAACGCAUAGAGGGCUCACCCCCGGCACGCGGUGAGAGCCAAAAUCCCGAGCGACCCCCUCCGGGUGUCCAAACAUCCUGCAGUGUGGUAAUAUCUGUCAAGUCCGCUGGAAGCAAGAUACCAUGGCAGCCAGCUCUCAUUGAAAAUGCCCAGACUCAAGGGGCUGCUAGGACCAAUGAGCUUUCAACAUGGCGACCACACCUCCAUACCAUCACAGUCGCAAAGAAGCGCAACUGGCUGCAGCAGAGCUCCCUCGGAAAGAGCCAAUGCACUACGGAUGAGCUGCAAGGCAAGCUAGGAGCUGAGGAGGAGGUCUGGCAGUGCUCCACAAUGCUGGCCUCUAGUCCCAGUCCCUCCCCAGAGCAGCUGAGCGCUUCAGGGGGAGCACCUUCACGGCCAGUUCAUCUGCUACGACCCAAGGUAAGCGUCAGUCAGUCCACGGGGUCGCCUAACUCCAGGAGUAUAGAUCCAGCAGAGGAGAACGAUGCUGAUGACGAAGGCGAGAUUUGGUACAACCCAAUCCCUGAGGAUGAUGAACAUGAGGCGUCCAGUAGACCCUCUGUCCGGCAUCUCAUCACCCAUAGGAGUGAGCCCCAGAGGCGGCCCAGCAGGGAACAGGAUGCAAACGUUGGGCAGACCCUGGACAACAGUGGCCCAGAGUCGCUCGAGGAAAGUAGUUCAGGAGAUCAGGGGAAUGUUGCACAUUCCACGGAGUCGCUACAUCUGCACAAGCAGAUGCUUGUGUGCAAACCACAGGAGGAGGGAGGACCUUUUUCCAGCAAGACUAUAGAUGUUCCAGACGUUACCAAUACCCUUGGCUUCUCCCCUCCCUCUAGUCCAAACCCUACUAAAAAGAGCAGCUCCAUCAACUGGUCAUUCCCCGACAAGAUCAAGUCCCCGCGCACAGUCAGGAAGAUCUCCAUGAAGAUGAAGAAGCUUCCAGAACUGAGCCGGAAACUCAGUGUCAAGGGCCAAAGCAGCAGUAACAGCAAUGGGGGUGGGCAUUUAGAAUCCAGAUCCCAUUCACUCCGAGCCACCAGUGGGGGGUCUGAAGCCAACACCCAAAUAUCAGGCCCUCAAAGGUUAGCUGUAUCUGGAAUUGGGCAGGCCAGACGAAAUGUGAUCUCACGCUAUCACCUCGACAGUAGCGUGUCCACGCAACACAGCUUCAACAAGAAGAAAAACAAUGGGAGCUCCAAAUCCACCAGUAAAGGGGGAUACUUGAGUGAUGGCGAUUCACCUGAGCUUGUGGCUAAAUCCGGGAAGCACAGCUGUGUAGAAAGUAAGUCGGGGAGAAGUAAGGACACAGAUGGAAGUGGUGGAAGCUCAAAACUAAAUGGUACGGAUUUAGACAUUGAUGCUUUCCGACACUACAGCUUCACAGAACAGCCCAAAUGUAGCCAGUACAUUUCUGGACUGAUGAGUCUGCACUUUUAUGGUGCAGAGGACCUGAAACCACCUCGCAUUGACUCUCGUGAUGUUUACUGUGCCAUCCAAGUGGACUCAGUGAAUAAAGCACGAACUGCCCUGCUCACAUGUCGAACUACCUUUUUAGACAUGGACCACACCUUUAACAUCGAGCUCGAGAAUGCUCAGCAUCUGAAGCUGGUCGUUUUCAGCUGGGAGCCCAUGCCGAGACGAAACCGUGUCUGCUGCCACGGCACAGUGGUCCUUCCUGCACUCUUCCGGGUAACACGUUCCCACCAGCUGGCGGUCAAGCUGGAGCCUCGUGGGCUUAUUUAUGUCAAGCUGGGCCUGAUGGAGCAAUGGCAGAACUCUUUGAAUGGAGGACCAGGUGGAGACCGUAACCCCCAGAUUUUUGGUGUGGAAGCGUGGCGAGUGGUGGAGAGGGAGGACUCCGGACUCAUGGUGCCGCUGCUCAUAAGAAAAUGCAUCAAUGAGAUUGAGAAACGAGGUUAUCAGGUGGUGGGGCUCUACCGACUUUGUGGCUCCGCAGCUGUGAAGAAGGAACUACGAGAGGCGUUUGAAAGAGACAGUUAUGCUGUGGAGCUUUGUGAAAACACCUAUCCUGACAUCAAUGUCAUCACAGGUGUACUAAAGGACUACCUACGGGAGCUACCCUACCCUCUGAUCACCAAGCAGCUGUAUGAGGCAGUAUUGGACUCCAUGGUCACCAGACCUCUGAGGAUGGGAGCAGGGGGCUGCGAGAAUGACCAGGCCGACUCAGAACACACCGUCAGCUUGCUGGAAAACUUGCCUGAGGUGGAGCGGAUGACACUGCGGAUACUUCUCGACCACCUCAAGUUGGUGGCGUCCCACCAGGAAGUGAACAAGAUGACCUGUCAGAACCUGGCGGUGUGUUUCGGCCCCGUGUUGCUCAGCCAGCGCCAGGAGGCGUCCUGUCACAGCAACCGGGUCUUCAUCGACUCAGAGGAACUCGCCAGUGCGCUCCACUUUAAAAAGCACAUCGAAGUCUUGCACUACUUGCUGCAGCUGUGGCCAGUUGUGGACCCUCACGAUCAGUCCGCCUCGCCCGAAACCUCCGACUCGCUGACAGCCCCACCCCUACGGCGGCGGAAAGAGCGCCCUCAGGUGUUAAACCUCACAGAAGCGGAGAUGGCCGGCGUCCUGCGUCCCAAAGCGGGACGCCUCGACAGCCCGAGCAACCGCUACGCCGGCGACUGGAGCGGCUGCGGCGAGAGCUACUUCCCCUCCGAGACGCCACUUCCUCCCGGCAAAGAGGAGGCGGACUACGACGACGUGCCCUCAGAGGACUCAGACGCAGAAUCACCCGAGGACGCUGCGAACCCUUUGCCUGGUCCUGCAGAUCAGGACGCGGUGCAGGAGGAGGAGGAGGGGGAGGAAGAGGAGAAGCAGGAAGAGAAGAAGAAGGAGGAGGAGGAGGAGGAGGAAGAGAAGGAAAGUGUGUGCGAGCACAUCUUACCUCCAAGGCUGCCCACGUAUCAGACUUACAUGAAGAUGCAGGACAUCAGCCCCGUGCUGAGCAACAGGGUCAACCUGAGAGACCUUCAGGAGAGCAUCGACACUCUGAUUGGGAACCUGGAGAGAGAACUCAACAAGAACAAGAUCAACGUGGGAUAUUGACGUCUCACUUCUUCAAUCUGAGAAAAACAUAACACGGCACUUCUUCUUCCCCACACACAUUCCUGACUUUUUCUUUGACUUGGCUCACGUUUCACGAUGUCGCUUUUCUUCUUAUUAGAAGAACCCCUCGACCCUCUCAGGGCUUUAAAUGGUGCCUUAAUUCUGUGAAGGUGGUUUGCCACGUAGAAAACUCAGAUAAUCAGUCCUAUUAAAUAGAAAGUUGCUGCCAGGAUUAAGAGCAGAAAUAAAAAAUGCAGAAUGUUUUUUUUUCUUUUUUCCUGGCCGGCUUUUGAAGCAACAUUCGUCAUGCGGAACACUUUCGCAUCUUUUCAGCAGUAGGAAAGAAUUUCAGACGCUUUCGAUCAAGUGUUAUUUUCCAACAAAAAUAGAAAAAAAGUGCUGAGAAAAACCAUCAUCAGACAAAAAAAAACCCGAAACCCUGCUUCAUCAUUUUUUUUAGGCCCGUUAUUAAAAGGCAGACCUUACUCCGGAAGUUUCCAUGGGGGAAAACUUCGAAGAUUUGUCUGGUUUCUAGCAUGAAAGUUUAUAUUUAUUAAGUGGGAUUGUGUCAUAUUGCACUCGGCUGUCAGCAACGUUGAUUAUUUAGCACACAAAAUGUGAACAACAUUCCCCUUUUAUGAGUUUAUGUGUUCUCAUAUUGAAUAUUCUCCUUUGAAGCUCUCACGCUGACAUUUCCAACACGCACAUGUGUACAACAUGAACGCACUUAAAAAGUUUGUUAUUGUAGUUCUGGGGGGACGUACUGGCAGCAUUAUAAAACGACAAAUAUGGUUCAAAUAAUUAUUUUGACCCACUUGUCAAAUAUCUCCCUGGACUAUAUUUUAGUUGAAAAAUGGCUACAUUUUUUAAAUUAAUGAUUUAAUAUUGAGAAGCUAAUAUUUAUUUGCCUGUCUGUACAAAUCACUGUAUGAGUUGCUGCAUACAACCUCCUGCUUAUACAAAUAGAUUGAUUAUAUAUAUUUGCAACCAAUCAAAACAAUUUAAAAAGUAAGUUUAUCAACUCAAUUUGCAAUAUUUAAAAAACAAGACAUAUUGUUCAAGCAUGAAUAAAAACACCGAUAUUAAAAGUUCCCAAAACCUAACAGUUUUAGAAGUACAACUAUACAACUUAACCCUGGCUGUAUGUUCACACUACUAAGUAUUUUGUGCGUUAUGAACCCUCGGUUUACAAACUUAGUUUUUAAACAGGGUUCGUAAAUAAUUGUAUAUUGAAGCAAAUUUCUCCAAAAGAAACAAUGUAAACAUAAAUAAUGGAUUUCAGCCUUGACAAAAGCCCACAUUUGAGUAAAAGUGUGUACACUUUCAACUCAAUUUAGUAAAGUACUGUAUAUCAAGCAAACAUAACAACGUUCUAUUUAAUGACAGCAAUCACUUUUUGUGUAUAAUAUCUGAUUUUACAAAAAAAAACAUAGUGUGAACGUACGCUCAAUAAUCCCGCGCCAUGACUCACUACUGCCUCGUGAGGACUAAACUGGCAUUGCAGGAGAUGGCUCCUGUUCUUCAGUGCCCAAACAUUGCUUACAAAAAUAAAUAAAAUACUAUUUUGAUCUUUUCCAUUUUGUAAAAGACAUGAAUUCAUUAUUUAUUUACUCAAAUUCCUCACAAUGUAACACGGUGUUAUGGCAUCCUCGACACUGUCGAUGCUGCAUUAGCUAGCGUUUCACAAAUAAUGUCAGCACCCCAUGUGAAAACUAUUCUUUACGCUUCUGCUUGUUCAAAAAUGCAGCUAAAUGUGAACAUCCUGACUUAGCUGCCAAAGUCAACAAUUCUCAGCAAUCCAGGGAUCGAUUUCAAAAAGACAGUAUUUAACCUUUAUGAUGAUGUAUAUACUAUUGUACGUGUAUUGGGAGCUUGUAUUUAAAUACUUAUUGUAGCAAUAGUUGCUUUUCUGCCCUUCGUGCUACCUGUACACAUCUUAACGUGCUGGAUUCAUGGUACAACUUAAGCUGUAAAAUUGAUGCUAAAACAGACAAUAUAUUGUUAUUUUUGUUAUAUUGUGUAUAUAGUUGACUUUUUUUUGUUUUGUUUACGGUGGACUGAGCUGUGUUCAGCGUUUUCCGUGUUGUGAUAUAUUUUUUAAAGGUACUGGCGCACGCCGCACGGUCAAAAGCUUUACUGAGACAAAUAAGGCUAUUUCUCAUCUGCAUUUGUAUUUAUGUGUAAAAAGUUUAUUUUGCAAUGGACGCUUGUUUGUCGCCAUGUUUUCACAUUAAAGAUGCAUCGCUUCAAUGUUUCUCCAGAGGACCCAAUUUGUGGCUUUUCCCCAACGGACACAACACCGAUUUAUCGCACGGUGUGUAUGUCAACUGUAAUCAUAUGAUAUUAUUUUAUUAUUCUUCGUACAAGGGAUAUAGUUGUGGGUCUUCUAGAGGGAAAAAAAAGCCACAAGCAAAACAUCCCUGAAAUAAAAACACAAUAUUACCUUGUAUUGAUCCUGAGUGGUGUUUGAUCAUACAGUAAUAAAGUACAUUAUUUUACCUUCAA